UUUAUAAGUAACCCGAGGGAAUGAUUUGAAUUGCUUGUGCAGACCUUAAACACCCAGGUGAACAGACAUGAGGAAGUACGGCUGGAAAACUGUCAAGGAUUUGAUUUUCAAAAAUUCUGCCGUGGUUGAACAGGACCCAGGUGUGAACAAUGGGGAUGAGAAUACUGAGCGAGGGAACUGGAACAGCAAGAAGGAGUAUAUGCUCUCUAUGAUUGGCUAUGCUGUUGGUCUGGGAAAUAUCUGGAGAUUUCCAUAUCUGGCCUACAAAAAUGGAGGGGGUGCCUUUCUCAUCCCCUACUUUCUGAUGUUGUUUGUGGCUGGGAUUCCUCUUUUCUUCCUGGAAAGUGCCCUCGGCCAAUUUAGCAGCCAAGGUCCCGUCAAUGUAUGGAAUGCUGUGCCGUUAAUGCAAGGUGUUGGUGUGGCCAUGGUCAUGGUGACUGUCAUAAUAUCGAUUUACUAUAACGUCAUCAUCGCCUACAGUCUGUACUACAUGUUUGCUUCCAUGCAGUCUGUUCUUCCGUGGUCUGGCUGCUUCAGCUGGUCUAACAGCAACUGCAGCGACACACAUGCAGGGCAUUGUAAUGGAACCAAUUUUACGAUGGCAAACUCGACUCAGGACAACCACACUUGCCCUUCAUCCAACUCGAUGCAGAGUCCGAGUGAGCAGUACUGGGAUGUUGUGGUUCUGCAGAGAUCCAGUGGUCUAGAUGAAACAGGAACAAUAGUUUGGCACUUGGCCCUCUGUCUGCUGCUGAGCUCCAUAAUUGUGUCUGCAGCACUCAUCAAGGGCAUCAAGUCAUCUGGAAAAGUUGUGUAUUUCACAGCCACAUUCCCUUACGUGGUGAUUGUGAUCCUGCUGAUCCGAGGUGUGACACUAGAGGGAGCUGGAGAUGGGAUUGAGUUCUACAUAGGUUCCAGGUCCAACCUGACUAAGCUGACUGAAGUGCAGGUGUGGAAAGAUGCUGCAACUCAGACCUUCUACUCUCUCUCUAUUGGCUGGGGCGGAGUCAUGACUCUUGCUUCCUAUAACAACUUUCACAACAAUGUGUUCAAGGACUCAUUUGCUAUAACACUCACUAAUGCCGGGACCAGUGUGUUGGCAGGCUUUGCCAUAUUUUCCAUCCUGGGUCAUAUGGCUAGAGUCUACAAUAUACCCGUUGAUGAGGUGGUGAAAGAAGGAUUUGGCCUGGCAUUCAUUGCCUAUCCAGAUGCUCUGUCUAAGCUUCCCAUUUCCCCGCUGUGGUCCAUUUUGUUUUUCUUCAUGCUUCUGACUGUUGGCCUCGAUUCGCAGUUUGCAGGAAUAGAGGUGGUCACCACCUGCCUACUUGAUACUUUCCCUAAAUUCUUCAAAUCCAAGCAUGCCAUAUUGACUCUAGCAACGACCUCCAUCCUCUAUCUCUUGGGCUUGCCAUGUAUCACAGAGGCAGGAAUAUACUGGCUGACACUAAUGGACCAGUUUGUUGCCAACUGGGUGCUGCUAUUUUUGUCUCUCGUGGAGCUCAUUGGUGUCUCCUACAUUUACGGAUGCAACCGUUUCAUUAAAGACAUUGAGAUGAUGCUUGGAAAAAAGCAUUACACUUUUUGGUUGUGGUGGAGAGCGUGUUGGUUCUUCAUCAGCCCCUGCAUCAUAGUGGUGAUCUUGGUGUGGUCUGUGAUAAACUUUGUCCCUCCCGCCUAUGGAGAAAUCCAGUACCCUACAUGGGGUUUGGCUCUAGGCUGGUGCAUGAUUGCGUUCAUCCUUAUCUGGAUCCCUCUUGUUGCUGUUUAUAAGUUAACAAAAGCAAGGGGAAACAUCUGGAAGCGUGUGAAGUCUGUGUGCUCUCCAUCUGAAGAAUGGCAUCCCUACCUGGAAGUCCACCGGGGGGAGCGCUACUCAGCAGAACGCUGCCAACGUAGGCACAACCAUGAAAAGAAACCAGAAGUUAAUGUAAACGUGAUCACCAGCACCUGUCUUUAAUAUUAUUAUUAUUUUUUAUGUGUUUACCUGUUGUUGUUGAAUGCCUGGUUCUGAAAGUUAAAGCUACAUUAAAUGUGUUUUGACCUCUAGGAGGCAGAGAGUGACCUAAAUAAAAAUAAAAACUGACAGAAGGUUACAAACUUAUUAAUGCAUCCAAUUGCAAUAUCCCUCCUUUAUUGUGCUAAUCUAAUAUUCAUUUAUUUUGUAAUUGUGGUUUAUUCUACAGUCUGUUUACACAAAAAGAAAGAUACUAGUUGAAAUGCUACAACUACUGCUGUGAUGUAUUUUUAUUUUUUGUGUACUUUUAUUUAUAAAAUGCACAUUGUUUUAUGUAUAAUAGGACUUGGUUAUGCCUUAAAUUCAGGUAACGUAAGUAAUACAUUAGCUUUUUAUAUACUUCUUUGUCUUUUUAAUGUAAAAUGUGGUUGUUUUUUUCUGUAGCAGUGAUUGUGUGUCUGUCAUAAUCAUGCUUGUCUCUAUGUGCAAAUUUUGUUUCUCGUCCUAAUGCAAUAAAAACCCUUUCACUAA